ACACUCUCCCCCUUGGCUCUGAAACCAACCAACCUUAUUCUCAGCCACCUCUAAUCAACAAUCGUGAUUCCAUACAACUUACAGCUCACACACACAGCAGGCGACCCCAGAGCCUAUAAAUAGCAGACCUUGUGACUAGAGAGACCAAACCAUAAGAGCUUCUGAAGAGCAAGACUUAAGUCUAGAUACCAACAGAGGUUAGUAUCUUACCAAGGAUACUUCAAAUAUGUCUGGAUCACGGAGCUCCUCUCCCAAUUCCAACUCAGAGUGGAGCCGGAAGGAAAACAAGAUGUUUGAAGAGGCGCUCGCCUACUAUGGUGAGGGCACACCCAACCUGUGGGACAAGGUGUCCAGCGCCAUGGGAGGCAUCAAGUCUGCUGAGGAGGUGCGCUUACACUAUGAAGAUCUUGUCGACGACGUCAAGAUGAUUGAGUCAGGGCGUGUGCCGUACCCCAAGUACAAGACACAGGGAUUCUGGACCCGAGGUUGAAGAGUUGGAAGCUCAAGUAGGCAGAAACAAAAGUUCUAAGAAUCUAUGAUGGUCUUAGGUUCUAGAAGGAAGCAAAGUAAUCCAACUCUGAUUGGAUAAUAAAAUGAUGAAACAGUGUGUAUGUGUAUAUACUAGUAGGUUAUGAGCAAGGUUAAGUCUCCUUAUUGUUGUAGGAUCUAGUGUACAUUCAUAAACUGUAUGUAUUCAUUGUCCUCUAGAACUAAGUUAUGGAAGAUGUAAACUCAUGUAUUUAUGUUAAAAAAGUUGUGCCUGGUAGCAUUCUGUUGCCUCCAAAA